AUGCGUGGUGAAUGGAAUGGUUUGCAAGCAUUAUUUCUUAAUGAUUGUCCUUAUGCAUAUGAUGUGCAUUGCUUAGCUCACCAACUACAACUAGCAUUAAUUGCCGCAUCUAGAGAAGUAAUUGUCGUCCAACAAUUCUUUUCAAAUUUGAACUUCAUUAUCAAUAGUAUCGGAGCUUCUUGUAAACGAACUGAUGAAUUACAUUCUGCUCAAGUUAUGGAAAUUGCCCAUUUGAUAGAUCUUGAUGAACUUGAAACCGGCCGAGGAGCUAAUCAGAUUGGUAUCUUGCAACGACCUGGAGAUACUCGUUGGAGCUCCCAUUUUGAAUCUGUUUGUAGUUUGAUAAGGUUAUUUGGUCCAACAUGUUCAGUUCUUGAAAACAUCAUUGAAGAUGGAAUUUGUGUUUAUUUUGCAUUUGAUAAAGAUAUCAUGGGAAUAACUAAUAUCCUUUGUCAAGCUUUGCAACAAAAAUCUCAAGACAUCGUAAAUGCUAUGCAAUUGGUUUCGAGUACAAAACAAAUCAUUCUGAAAUUGAGAGAAAAUGGUUGGAACAACUUACUUGAUAUUGUUAAAUCAUUUUGUGAGCGCCACAACAUUGAUGUGCCUGAUUUGAGUGUUCCUUAUACCAAAAAAAUUAAGGGCCAGUCACGUCACCCACAAGAGAAAAUUACACUUAAGCACCACUAUCGGAUUGAUAUAUUUUAUGGCACAAUUGAUUCGCAAUUGCAGGAGUUGAAUAACAGGUUUAGUGAAAAGAUAAUGAAACUUGGUACCCUCAGCUCAGCUUUGGAUCCUAGAGAUGGUUACAAGUUGUUUAACGUUGAAGACAUUUGCACACUUGUAGAUGAAUUGUAUCCUCAAGAUUUCACAGACCAAGAGAGAAUUAUGUUGACAUUCCAAUUGCAACAUUAUAAGGUUGAAGUGGUUGCUCAUUCACAUUUGAAAAAUAUGUCGACAAUUUCUGAGCUAUGUAGAGGAUUAGUGGAAACAGAGAAGUCAAAAAUCUACUUUUUGAUUGAUAGGUUGAUUCGUCUUGUCUUGACUCAUCCCGUUUCCACGGCAACUACAGAAAGGGCAUUUUCAACUAUGAAACUUGUCAAAACACAACUACGCAACAGGAUGGAGGAUGAGUUUCUUGCAGAUUUCUUGAGCAUCAGUAUUGAAAAAGAAAUUGCUCAGACUUUUAGUACAGAUUCAAUUAUAGAUGAUUUUUCUUCUCUAAAAGAUUGUCGAGCUCAGCUUUUGUAG